AUGGGAGGCUUCCCGGAGCUCAUGACGGCCGCCAAGUUCCUGCUGAUGCGCUCGGUGAUUGACAUCUGCCAGGAGGUCAUCAAGCAGUCCAACGUGCAGCUCCUCGUGCCCCCCGCGCGCCCUGACAUUAUGCUGUUCCGUCCGGGGGCUGCCGACCUCGGCUUCCCUCUUGACAUGACCAACGGUGCCGCUUUGGCGCCCAAUGGCAACGGCAUCGCCGGCAUGCCCGAAGACGAGGCCACGCGGGCCGCGCUCAGCGCCGCUCAGUCCUCCCUGCCCGUGCUGCAGGGCGUGGACCGCCUGCCCAUGGUGGCAGGACCUCUGUCCCCACCGCUGCUGGCCUCGCCCUUCCAGAACGUUGCUGCUAGUGCCCCCACUUUAAGCACCAAGAGGGGCAGAGGGCGUCCCCGCAAAGCCAACCUCUUGGACUCCAUGAUGUUUGGUACCCCGGGGGGCCUUCGAGAGGCCGGUAUCCUGCCUUGUGGCCUCUGCGGGAAAGUGUUUACGGAUGCUAAUCGUCUUCGGCAGCACGAGGCUCAACAUGGGGUGACGAGCUUACAGCUGGGCUACAUAGACAUCCCACCCCCCAGACUGGGUGAAAAUGGUGUCCCCGGUCAGGAUGACCCCGACGCACCCCGGAAAAGAAGCAGGACGAGGAAACAGGUGGCCUGUGAGAUCUGUGGCAAGAUUUUUCGGGACGUGUACCACCUGAAUCGGCACAAGCUGUCGCACUCUGGCGAGAAGCCGUACUCUUGUCCAGUGUGUGGCUUGCGGUUCAAGCGGAAAGACAGGAUGUCCUAUCAUGUUCGAUCUCACGAUGGCUCUGUGGGAAAGCCCUACAUCUGCCAGAGCUGUGGAAAAGGCUUUUCCAGGCCAGACCACUUGAAUGGACACAUCAAACAGGUGCAUACCUCAGAGAGACCUCACAAGUGUCAGCAGGAAAAUGGCAGCCACCAUGGAAUAAGCUCAGAGACAUCCACAUCCAUAGAAAAGUUGAAACUUCAAGAGACUUGUAAUGCUUCCUUUGCCACUCGUGACCGGCUGCGCUCACACCUGGCCUGUCAUGAAGACAAAGUCCCAUGCCAGGUGUGUGGGAAGUACUUGAGAGCAGCAUAUAUGGCAGAUCACUUGAAGAAGCAUAGUGAAGGACCAAGCAAUUUCUGCACUAUCUGUAACCGAGGUUUCUCCUCUGCCUCCUACUUAAAGGUCCAUGUUAAAACCCACCACGGUGUUCCCCUUCCCCAGGUCUCCAGGCACCAGGAGUCCAUCCCGAAUGGGGGAGCAGCGUUCCACUGCGUCAGGACCUAUGGCAUCAAAGAAGGCCAGAAAUGUUCCCAUUCGGACCCGAUUGAGAGUUCUGAUUCAUAUGGAGACCUCUCUGACACCAGUGACCUCAAGACUCCUGAGAAACAGAGCACCAACGGGUCCUUCUCGUGUGAGCUGGCAGUGAGCAAAAACAAAAUGGAGACGGAAGGGGAGAAGAAAUACCCGUGCCCCGAGUGCGGCAGCUUUUUCAGAUCCAAGUCUUAUCUGAACAAACACAUACAGAAAGUUCACGUCAGGGCCCUGGGUGGCCCCUUGGGGGACCUGGGUCCUGCUCUGGGAUCCCCCUUCUCACCCCAACAGAACAUGUCUCUCCUGGAGUCCUUUGGGUUUCAGAUCGUCCAGUCAGCAUUUGCAUCAUCCCUGGUGGAUCCAGAGGUCGACCAGCAACCGAUGGGGCCAGAGGGGAAAUGAGAUCAGUGUGAUCUUAGCAAAGCAAAGCAGCAGUCUGGCUAUAGUGAUAAGAUGCUGUGAAUGAAAGAGGAAAUAAUGGAAUUGGGUUCUAUAGCUGAGAAUUUUUUAUUCAUUUUAGCUUCCCUCUUUGUCUCAUGCCCUACCCCCACCUUUAAACUUCCACCGGGGAGAGGGAGAAAAUGCUUCUUAGCUGAUAAAUUACAGAAGAUGGUGGCCUUGAAUAGGAGACAUGACCCAAAACACUAAAUGGAGCUUUAGAGGCUGCUGCUGGUGUUUCUCCGUGUUCUUCUGGAAUAAUGAGAAGUUGCCAGCACUGCUGUGAGAACGAGACAGUCCUAGUGACCGAGGCACCUGGGGAGCUACAGCUACAGGGAGCUAUGGUUUUGUUCUCUCUCUAUUCCCCACCCUCCCUAAACUACCCCAGAAAAACAGUAAGUUUUAAAAACAGACCCACUAUUGAAUAACAUUAAGUAAAAUGCCCCGUGGUUCCUAGCAGGUUACAAUGCAGUUGUCCUUUUAAAACCAGAAAAAGUUUAAAGGAGGUGAGAGAAUUCGAACCCCUUCUGCCUUUGUGAGGCUGUGAGUGCUGCAGCAGGACUGAACUGCUGAGAAAAAUCACCUUUCAGAACAGGUUGUUUUAAUUACUUUUGACCAUUAAACUUGCUGUCAGGUUUUUAAUUCUUUAUUAUUAUUAUUUUAGGACCUGUUGUAGUGAAUUGCUACUGAAAAGCCAGUCUAAGGCGAUACGCAGAGCACUCGUAAAGCAGCAGUCACAUUAGGGUUAGUAUUAAUUUUUAUUUUUUUUUUAGAUGUACCAUAAUUAAUAACUUGGCUAGUUGGUUGUUUUAAGUCUAUGAAAGGAAUAGUUUGUAUGAAAAGAAAAAAAAAGAAAAAAAAAAAGGAAGGGAAAAAUACCAUUGCAGUCUGGUUGACUGGUGCUCAUUUUUCAUGUGGGGACCUAGGGUAUGAACACGAUCAGCUAUCGGGUUGACACUAUGUACCACUGACUUGUUUAGUGUGAAUAAACCCAGGGGUUCACAGAGUGAUUUUGGUUUAAUUGGAUUGGACUCUAUUAAAGAAGUUAGUAUGUUACUUUGCAUCCCCUCGUUUUGUCUGGUUUUUGAGCAAUUCAGCCACCUGUCCAAAAGGUGUGCAAGUGAGAGCCAGUAAGUAAGAUGUUAAUCCCACUCUACGCUGUGCUGUAUUCUGAGCUGGGCUUUUUGACCACAGUCGUGCUCUCCUGAUCUGCCUCUAGUCAGGUUUGCAAAAGCCAGUCUUACUCCUUUCUUUUCCAAAGAAGAAGGGUUUCUAGUAUAAGAGGUGGGAAUUGCAAACAGCAUAUCUCUGAAAAAGAAUUGAUUACAAAAUGCAAAGAAGCUGGGCUUUAGGCUGUUACAGGUUCCAUUUAAUCUGAAAAUACCACUUGUGCAGAAAUAAUGUCCUUUCUUGACCCUCCCUUUCCUCCCAUGUUACUUGUCAAGGUUUUAUGUACCAAACCCAGGUAUAAAUGUUGUUUAACACAGGGUUAGGAGUUAGGAAUACUCUGAGUUUUAAUUAUGGUUCUGCUGUUGAUGCUCAAGGUUACAUAGAAGAGUUCCCUGAAUUUAUUCCUAAAUUUCCUAUCUGUGAAGAGUUUUCUCUACAUCACAGUUGUAGAGAGGGUUAAUGAGCGAAGGUUUAAGCAGUGCUUUGGAAAACUGCUUUGUGUUCUGAAUGUCUCUAGAAAGGCCAUUCUGAAGAGCCCAAGCCCCACACCAAACUUUCAUCCCAUGAAACAGUGCCUGUCUCCAUCAUUAAUACAGUGCUGGAGCAGGGCAGAUCCCUCAGACCAGGAUCCACAUCUGCUGCAGGAGAUGUGCCUGUGUUAAAUGGGAUGGAGCCACAAACUAUUGCACCACAGCUUGCCUUGCCCAGGUGCUCCUGAUCCAAACCCUGCAGCUAAUGCAGAACUGAAAUCAGACACAUUCCCAUUUUGGUUUUAUGUUUGGAUUAUAGAGCCUUUUGUAAGUAUAUGGAUUUUGGAAUGACCUUCUAAAUUCUACAGAGUUAAAAGUUCCAGAUUCUCUUGUUAGAAGCUACUUUUUUGUACUUGCUCUCGAGUGUUAUAAACCCAGGAUGAAUAAUCAAUGGCUUUCUCUUUAUAGCACCAGCACUUUCUAAAUUGAGAGCAUGUUGCAGUGGACUUGAUGUUUUGCUAUUAAUCUGUGUUGGGAGACUGAAGGACAUGUUCUUCUCCAGUCAUCUUCUCCCAGAAUCCCUGGAAUAGGUAUGAGUCUCAUGUAAAAGGAAAAAAGCAAGCAAGCAAGCAAACAAACCCACCUUCAGACUAAAGCUUCAUGGAAUUGCUGUUGCUGUACUGGUAAGAUUAGCUGAGAGGUAGAAACAGAACAUUUCAGAAAAGUGACAAAACAUUUUAAAAUACCUUACAAAUCUAAACAGUGCUGAGACAACCUUGUAAGCUGCCAAGGAAGUCAGGCUGGAGCAGGCUUUCCAGUCAGCAUAACAAUUCAUGGGGAUUAGCAGAUGCAACUGCAGUCACUCUUUCACUGACAGCUCCUAUUUAAGCCACAAAGUGAAGUUUCUGUUGAACUGAGGCUGGGUGCUGAAAGAGAGAAGUUUGUGUCCCUGAUGUUCCCAUGUGCACUUAAAGAGGGUGCACUAGUCAAAAAAUUUAAUUCCAAAAGCCAAAUCCAGAGUAUAGGAUAUUUUCAUCCUCCAUUUAGCUCCACUGACUUUAGUGUUAGUAGUGGGUUGAAUUUUGGCCAUGUCUAUCAAUUUAAUUUUGAAUGCUACAGACUUUGACCUGGUGAAACCAAUGAAAAGCCUUGAACUAAAACUGAAGCCUUCUAAAACACUAACUGUGCAUUCUGCUUGUCAAAGAAAAUGCUUACUAAGGUGUCAUGAAUACACUGAAUGAAAACUACUUACUUCUCAGUCUAGGGGACAGGGAAACAAUUAGGCAGGAAGUUUACAAUCCUGAAAUGACAGUUCUAGAUCAUCCUGGUGUAAAUGGGAGAGAUUUGUACCAGCACAAGAGGCUGGUGCAGGCUUAAUGCCAGCAGGAGUUUGGGCAGAUCUUCAGCAGUGGUGUGUUUUCAGUGCUUUUUGCUUCUUUGGGGGCAUACUGUUCCAUUCUGGACAGUAAUCUACAUGCAAAUCCUCUCUAUUCUGUACUUUUGGAAAUGUCUGUUUCUCAUAGAACAUGAGACAGAUCCAAACAGAAAACCCAGCUCACAAGUUCAGAGUUCAGAGGGAAAUAAGUACAUUAGAUGCCCUGAGCUGCAGCCUCACUUGUUGCUAUUACAUUUUAUUUUUAAUUGGCAUAUCAGUGUAUAGGUGAUAGCUCUGGUUUUGGGCCACCCUCCUUUCCUUGUCAUCCCCUUUGGUGGGACUGCAAUCCAGUGUUUGAGUCGGUGCAUGUUUCUGCCAGGAAGGAAACUUCAGUUCAUACAAAUUUGGAUCAUCAGAGUCUUUGUAUUACAGGAGUCCCAUAACCUUUCAUCUGAGGCUCAGAGUCUUGUGUAUUAGGUAUGAUGAAAACAUCUUCAGUCAUUCAUGAUCUAAACAUUAAAGACAGAUAAGAAAGGAAUAGAUGCUUAUAGGUGAGUGAGUGAAAGAAAGAUGAAGGACUAAAAACCACUUGCAUGCUUAAGUGUUGUGUUAAAUGUAGGGCCACAGAUUUAUCAGGCUUCUUUUGUUGCCUGAUUUGAUCUUUAUGUAUGUUAAUCCACAACAAAUGCAAGAUAAAGCAAUUUAAUAGGAAUUUGUUCCACACUAAAUUAAAUGAGGUGACAUGACCUUGCAUUUGUCAUGUCUUAAAUGUGUGCAAACAGACUCAGUGGUGGGGCUCACCUGGUGCAUGGUAAUGUGGUGCAUGUGAGCUCUCAAUCCUGAGGGAUUUUUGUGGGGAAUUGAUAGCAGAACCAGAAAUUGAACACAGAUUUUUCCUUCUCUCAAUCCAGUGCCUUAUAGUAGGGCAAAGUAUUAUAUGUUGGGGGGAUGAUUUGUUUGUUUUUUAAAGCCAAGAUGGUGUGGAGUUGGUCUUCCUACCAAUCUUUUGAAUAAUUGUAAAUGCCCAGUCACAAUUUUAGACCUGUUUGAGUGCCAGUGACUUAGGGAAUAUUUGUUAUUUCCCAUGUAUUCCCUGAAAUUAUUGUUUCUCCCUCAACUGCUGUCAGCAGUAAGGAAUGACUUGAAUAGAAGAGCUGUGUAACUGAAUGUCUAUCUAACUCAACUAAUUGAAUUGCUAGUAUGAAAGCUAACCUAGAUUUUGUAGGCUCUGUUGUAACUUUAGUGUCUUGUUUUUUCACUAAAUCUUUGUUCCUAGAAAUCAGUAUCUGAACUUAUGUCUUGAGUCGGGAGUGGGGUACCACUUUCAGCUUUAAUUUUUUUUAAGGUGCUUGCUUGAGGAAGUAGAUGCCAAAGUAAACUUCAAAGGAACUCCAGACUUCAGUGUUGGAAGAAUGAACAGAGAGCAAAAGCUCUCUUUGGGUUUCAUGAGAGAUAAAUGGACAAAGUAAAAAACAGCCACCAAAAUUCUAAGUCAUGAAACAGGACAGAAAACAAGAAAAGGCUUUUCUUUACCACCCACAAAAACAAUCAGAUAUUUUCAAUUGUUCAGCGUGGCAGAAACUCUGAGAGCAAGUGCCAAACAAUCCCAUGGAAUGUGCUGGCUUUUUCAGCAUUAUCAUACCUUAACAGCAUUAUCAAUAUCCAAAUGUAAAUCAAGCCAGCUUUGUACUGUUCACCUUUUGCCUGGGCACAAUACCUGAGGUUUAAUGAACAGAACAUAAGCUCACAGUGAAUCUCUGAGCUUAUGCUCUCAGUUCCACUCUGAGAGACAAAACAAAUGAGCAAAGAGGG